AUGGCCUUCCUCAGAAUGUUUCUGGUGUGUGUCGUUGUUCUCGCAAUGGGAGCUGAGUCCUCUAGGCUCACCAGGCGUUUGCCGCAUCUCCAGGCGGCCUCUCUUGCUCUGACGGAGGCUGUUGGCGGCACAUUAGACCGUGCUACGGAGGACUAUUGUGCAGAAGAAGAGUGCCGGGAGGGCUUCUUGCGGGGCAUCGGUAACCCACUUUGCCGUCGUCACCGCGGAUUCUUCAACGGUAACCAAACCGAUGAACAGAUUGGUGCCGAAAUCGCUGAGACCGACGUCUCACUGAAAGUAUGGAGCUGUGUUCUCGGGUCCGUACUUGACGAGUCGGAAGACGAAGGGGAAUCCGAAGAGAUCUACACUACAGCUAGCAUUGCAGCACAGAUGGACACCUUGCGAGCAAUGAUGAAGAACAUGGGUCUCCCACAGGCGUUCAGCGAUGCGCCGUGCAGCCUGGUCCUCCUGCAAGCCUUCAAACGCCAUGCCGAGACCCUCACUGAUCACGUGAACGUCAUGAGGUCAAGCAUCAACUAAAGCAGCCAUCACGAU